UUUUUUUUAUGAGGCCCACGCAAGAACGAGUUGCUUGCUCCUUCAGUAGAGUCCAAAAGAGAUCUUGGUAAUAACUGUAGCACCACUACGGCGAGGACUGAGAGUGAUGAGAGCACGAAAGCGCACCUUUCUUUAACCCAGGCUCAGUUGGAGACGAUGCCUUCUUCUUAUUCCUCUUCUUCUUGGAUUUUGUUGUUUUCUUGGUGAUUUGUUUUUAUUCUUUGUGGCGUGCCAGCCAGCUGAUGGUCCGGGGCGCUGUUCGAAUGCGGGAGAGCGGCGCCGGCGGUAGUUAAGCCGGUGUAUGAAACUGGCCUCCAGGCCGCCGGCCGAGCACAUGCCGGGGAACAAGUACAACAGCCGCAACCCGACCAGGGUCGAGCGGCUGCUGCGGGAGCGGGAGCAGAGGAAGUCCAACCGGGCCUUCCAACAGAACGAUGGCGGCAGCAGUCAUGGCGGCGGUGGCGAUGAUGAUGAUGAUGAUGGAGGGAGCUGCGGGAGGGAGCCUGGAGUGUCGGAGAGGGAGGCCAGGGGUGCCAGGGGGCUGAAUUGCGAAUGCCGCACCAUCCCCAAUGGGGAGGCAGGCCUGACGGCCGGCAAGAUGUCGGGGAAUCGGUGCAAGAGGUCUAAUGGGAAGGCGAUGAAGCAGAGGCUGCUGGUUGUGGCUAAUAGGCUGCCGGUCUCGGCGGUCAGGCAGGGCGAGGACUCAUGGGCGCUGGAGAUCAGUGCUGGUGGGCUGGUCAGUGCUCUUCUUGGUGUGAAAGAUGUUGAUGCUAAAUGGAUUGGAUGGGCUGGUGUAAAUGUGCCAGAUGAAGUGGGACAGAGGGCACUUACAAAGGCUUUGGCUGAGAAGAGAUGCAUUCCAGUAUUUCUUGAUGAAGAGAUAGUACAUCAGUACUAUAAUGGCUACUGCAACAAUGUCUUGUGGCCACUCUUUCACUACCUCGGGCUUCCACAAGAAGAUCGGCUUGCAACAACUCGCAGCUUCCAGUCCCAGUUUGAUGCAUACAAAAGGGCAAACCAGAUGUUUGCUGAUGUUGUGAACCAGCACUAUCAAGAGGGGGAUGUUGUUUGGUGCCAUGAUUACCAUUUAAUGUUCCUUCCUAAAUACCUCAAGGAGUACAACAGCAACAUGAAAGUUGGUUGGUUUCUUCACACACCAUUCCCAUCUUCAGAAAUUCACAGGACCCUACCAUCUCGUUCAGAGCUGUUGAGAUCUGUUCUUGCAGCUGAUCUAGUAGGUUUUCACACGUAUGAUUAUGCAAGGCACUUUGUUAGUGCUUGCACCCGUAUUCUUGGACUAGAGGGCACACCAGAAGGGGUGGAAGAUCAAGGAAGGCUGACUCGAGUGGCAGCGUUUCCUAUUGGGAUAGAUUCUGACCGGUUUAAACGAGCACUCGAGCUUCCAGCAGUCAAGGAACACAUCAAUGAAUUGACUCAGAGAUUUGCUGGCCGGAAGGUAAUGCUGGGUGUUGAUCGUCUUGACAUGAUUAAAGGGAUUCCACAAAAGAUUUUGGCCUUUGAAAAGUUUCUUGAGGAAAAUCCAACAUGGCGUGAUAAAGUAGUGUUGCUGCAAAUUGCUGUGCCAACGAGAACUGAUGUUCCUGAGUAUCAAAAGCUUACUAGCCAGGUUCAUGAAAUUGUUGGACGGAUAAAUGGCCGGUUUGGAACACUAACUGCUGUUCCUAUACACCAUCUGGAUCGUUCCCUUGACUUUUACGCAUUAUGUGCUCUGUAUGCUGUCACUGAUGUGGCACUUGUAACAUCAUUGAGAGAUGGGAUGAAUCUUGUAAGUUAUGAGUUUGUGGCAUGCCAGGGCGAAAAGAAAGGCGUUCUUGUAUUAAGUGAAUUUGCAGGGGCAGCUCAAUCUCUAGGAGCUGGUGCCCUCCUUGUAAAUCCAUGGAACAUCACGGAAGUUGCUGCCUCAAUUGGCUAUGCAUUGAAUAUGCCUGCUGAUGAGAGAGAAAAGCGACAUAGACAUAAUUAUGCACAUGUGACUACACACACCGCCCAAGAUUGGGCAGAAACUUUUGUAAGUGAACUAAAUGAUACAGUUGUUGAAGCUCAAAUUAGAACAAGACAAGUUCCCCCUGUACUUCCUACCCAGAUAGCAAUUGGACGAUAUUUGCAGUCUAAGAAUCGAUUACUCAUAUUGGGUUUCAAUGCAACAUUGACAGAACCAGUUGAAUCUUUUGGAAGAAGAGGUGGCGACCAAAUCAAAGAGAUGGAACUUAAAUUGCAUCCAGAUAUGAAAGUACCUUUGACAAUUCUUUGCAAUGAUAAGCAGACAACUGUUGUUGUUCUCAGUGGAAGCGACAGAAGUGUCCUAGAUGAUAACUUUGGAGAGUACAACAUGUGGCUGGCAGCGGAAAAUGGGAUGUUUUUGCGCCUCACAGGUGGAGAAUGGAUGACAACAAUGCCAGAGCAUCUAAAUAUGGAUUGGGUUGACAGUGUAAAGCAUGUUUUUGAGUAUUUCACCGAGAGAACACCUAGGUCUCAUUUUGAACAUCGUGAGACCUCACUUGUAUGGAAUUAUAAGUAUGCAGAUGUUGAAUUCGGAAGGCUUCAGGCAAGGGAUAUGCUGCAGCAUUUGUGGACAGGCCCAAUUUCAAAUGCUGCUGUUGAUGUUGUCCAAGGUAGCCGAUCAGUUGAGGUUCGAUCUGUUGGAGUUACAAAGGGUGCUGCAAUUGAUCGUAUAUUGGGAGAAAUAGUUCAUAGCAGAAGCAUGGUCACACCAAUUGAUUAUGUUUUGUGUAUUGGUCAUUUUCUUGGAAAGGAUGAGGACAUCUAUACCUUCUUUGAGCCAGAACUUCCAUCCGAACCCGUAAAUUCCUCAAGAUCAAAAUCAAAUGAUAGUAACAAGCAGUCAGAUGACUGUAACAAGCCACCUCCUGACAAGAAGCUCACAGAGAAGCCAUCAAACAGCUAUAAGAACAGCUCAAGGACUUCAAGUCAUAAGAAUCAAAGGACUCUUCUCAGAUCUGAAAGGAGAAUGCCAACAAAUCACAACACCUCAGUUGGAUGGCGAUCUCCUCAAGAGAGCAUGUCAUGGCGUGAGGGAUCCUCGGUGCUUGAUCUCAAGGGAGACAACUACUUCUCUUGUGCGGUUGGUCGGAAGCGGUCAAAUGCAAGGUAUCUGCUUAACUCAUCUGAUGAUGUGGUCUACUUCGUCAAGGAGUUGGCAGAUGCAGCUUGUCAAGGUGUCCACUCAAUGUCUAAUCCAAAUCAUGCUGGUUAGAUGUCAUCAAAUUGGGCAGAGGUUAAAGCUGAAACAUUUGGUAGAAGGAAAUAUUAAUUCCUCCAGUCUUCCGAGGCAAUUUCCUGUUCAUCUACAGAGGCAGAGAGUAUUUGAACUGUCUUACUGGGCUCAAAAUGUUUGUUAAAUCAUGGAAAAAAUUAUACAUGAUCCUUCAUUGGAAGUACUGCAUAAAAGAUCUUGUAUAGAAUAGUGCUGCAUCUUAUUGUGCCAUGAAGACCUGCUGAUGUAAUUCUGAGUCCUGGGUAUAGUAUGCAUGUGAUGAAAUGAAAGCUCAAUUUGUGUAUGCCUAUUCUGCCAAAGUUGGUGGCUCAAUCAUGUGUUGUCGCCUUCAGAAUGCAAUCGAUACUUGUGCACAUGUACAUGCCUAAGAGGAGCUUUCAGAACAAGGUGGUUUUUAUAAAGGGAAGUUUAUUUGAGCUUUAA